CUACAGUUGUCUCAGAAAAAGACCAUCGUCUUUUCAAGACCAUUACAAGGAGAUAUAGACCAAAAAGAAGGCAACAACAGGUAGACAUUCUUGAACUCAAAUCCUUUUUGUUUUGAUUCGUUGGCGAUGUCGGAAGAUUUCGAGAUGGGGAUACACAGCAACAACUGGUGGAAUCCGCCGAGAGACUACGUGCUUCUCUCAUCAUCCCCAUGUUCAACGCGAGAGCCAAAUGGUAUCAACGGCAGAAGUUUCAGAGACUGCUCAGCAGAUAUGGCGGAGAUCAUCAAGGUUGGAAGGUCUAGUGAGGAAGUGAAUGAUGACGACGCUGGUAGAUCCAUAGCUUUCCAAGAUGAUUUCGUGCAAAGAUCUCAUCAAAUAGAUUGUAUGACGGACUCCACAAGCAUGCAUAUGAUGGGGUUUGAUCUUUUUUCUGCAUCAUCUGAUUGGAACCUUGCUGUACCGCAAUCUAGUGUAAUUGACGAAAGCAGUACCACUGAUUCCAAGCUGCAAGAAGAAGACAUGGCGAGUUCAAAAUUCAAAUAUGAAAAAAAUCAAGCAAAGGAUGUGAUGAUUGAUGAUUCUUCGCAUCAAAUUCAGACUGAUUACUGGGGGAGUCAUUGUGCACCCACCUGUCAUGUUAUGUCUACCAAUGGGUCAUUCACUUCUUACGCUUACCCUUCAAAUUCGACCAGAAGUUCUUUAGAACCAGAACAUCACCAGCUUCAACCAUCGCCUUUUAACAACCAGCAGCAAUUUAGUGGCUUGCACUCCAAUAACUCGUCCCUGAAUGAAUCUAGCUUCAUCAAUGCAUCAUAUGCACAAUUUGUCCAUCCUGCACUGGAAGAGAAACAACCCUCUUGCCCAAAGACCAGCUGUGAAGAUGCUGGAAACUUGGGUUCCAUGGCGAAGAAUAUUGGCGUUGAACCUGCAUCUAAAAGGCCUCGAUUUGAGACACCAUCACCGUUACCCACAUUUAAGGUGCGAAAAGAGAAGCUAGGGGACCGAGUGACCGCACUCCAGCAACUAGUUUCGCCUUUUGGAAAGACCGACACGGCAUCUGUUCUCCAUGAAGCCGUCGAGUAUAUCAAAUUUUUACAAGAUCAAGUCAGUGUUUUGUGUUCUCCAUACAUGGGAAAUGAAGCGCCGGUUGAGGCUCUAGGAAAACGAAAAGAUGAUCAGCAAGGGCUUUCUAAACAAGACCUAAGAAGCAGAGGCCUAUGUCUGAUGCCGAUUUCCAGCACAUAUCCAGUCGCUACCAGCGCAGCGCCGCAUUUUUGGACGCCGACUCUGGAAGGAAAUUUCACUUAGGGAAUGAUGACUCGGCCAGGAAGAUAAAGGGCGCUUUAACACUAAGACAGUUAACUACAGUAGCCCAUCACUUCCUCAACAGUCAUUACUUUGGAGACACGUUGAAUUCAGUUCAGCCCAGAAAGGAGAACAAGAAGACACAAAAAGCUGAGGGACCUCAAGCUUGGCUGUCUUGAGGGGAAAAAGAAAAGAAAAGCAAAAGGAAUUGGAGAGAGAUAAAAGAUGGAGACAAGUGAUGGGCCAUCUACAGAGAAGACAAUGGUGAUUAGGUUAGGAAAAAUACCUUUAGUAGCUGCUGAUCAAGGUGUACGAAGGCGGUCAACCGAAAGCAUUCCUCCGGUUUGUAUGUGAAGGUAGGUAUGGAACCGGGAAUAUAAGGUGUUUUUUCUGGUGGAACUGUUGGCUGUGUAUAAGGUGCUAUACAUUAGGAACUGAGACUAAAUAAAGGUGCUAUACAUUUAAGACGUGUUUGAAUUUAA